GGAUCGGGCCUCGGUUGCGUGCGCUUCUGCGGUACGCGAGUCGUUGCUAUCGACGCGUUUCGGGUGGCGUGGAACAGAAGGGAACACCACACGCGCGGUGCCCUUUUUACGCGGGUGCGUGUUCGCGAGUGCGCCUCCUAAGGACGAACCACCACAGGUUUUACGGCGUUCGACCUGCAUUGGUGAAUGCCACCCUGGGUAACCGGGGCGGUUUGCAUACGAGUACGCUUGGAAUAUUUUCCCGCGGCACCCUUGGCGUAUCGUGGAUAAAAAAAAACAAACGCGACCAGCAUUCAAGUGAAAACGAGUGAGUGAGCAGCUAAUUGAGAGUUCCGGGAAAUCCGUUGCAUCGCUCCAGUGAAACCGUGACAAAAAAAAAAGAAAUAGAAAAGGCAAAGCGUAAAUACGAAAAAAAAUUGUGAGUAAAAGUUGUGCGUGCGCGCGAUGCAAAAGAAAAUUCAACCCCAGUGUCAAUCGAAUCGAGAGCUCGCGAGUGUUUACUUUUGAUUUUCUUUCGUUUGCUUUUUUCCCAGCCCCCUCGGGUGAACGUGGGGGCGCGGGCAGCUAGCGUGUGGUGUUCGACUGGUGUUGUGAAGUGGUGGUUGGGUGAUUGAGAAAAGGAAAAUAAAAAAAAGCCGAAAGCCUGGCAAACAUGGUGCCAACGUACGUGACAGAAGUGCGCCCCCGGGCGUUGGAGGGUGGUGGAAAAUCGACGAAAAAGUUUCGCACUCUAACGACGCUGAUGCUGCCGCUACUUGUCGUAGUCGCUUUGUGCGGAAGGAUACCACCGACCGUGGCCAGUUCCAUCAUUGGCGACGAAAAUGGUCCACUGAUAGAAGUCCAAACGGCGGUCGGGCUGGAUGUGUCCUUGCCGUGCGAUCUGCUGCCAACGACCAUGACCAUGAUGGCGGACAAGGUCUACUUGGUCAUCUGGUAUAAGGAGGGCAACACGAAGCCAAUUUACUCCUUCGACGCGCGAGGUAAAAGCCUCCAGCAAGCCAUCCACUGGUCGGACGAAGCGGUGCUCAAGACGAAGGCGUACUUCUACUACGACACCAGCCCACCGGCCCUUCGGAUCAAGGGCGUCAAGCAGGAGGACGCCGGUUUGUACAGAUGCCGCGUGGAUUUCCACAAAUCGCCCACGAAAAACUGUCGAAUCGAGCUGGAUGUCCUGGUGCCACCGUCGAAGAUUACGAUCCUGGACGAGAACGGAGCGGCCGUGCAGAACAACGUGGUCGGACCGUACCGGGAAAAUGUGGACAGCAAUCUGACCUGCAUCUCGAGCGGUGGCCAACCGACGCCCAAGGUGACCUGGUGGCGAGAGCACGCCCUGCUGGACGAUUCGUAUCUCGUGCUGCCGGACGGCACCGUCAAGAACGUCCUGUAUCUGGAGAAACUCGGGCGCCAGGAUCUGCACUCGGUUUAUACGUGCCAAGCGAGCAACGGACACGUCGUGCCACCGCUUUCCAGCGCCGUGAAGUUGGACAUGAAGCUGCCAGCCCUGUUCGUGCGGAUGCAGGGCCUACGGGAAUCGCUGACGGCGGGCGUCAAGACGCAAGUAUCCUGCACCACGGCUGGAAGUCGACCGGCACCGAGCGUUGUCUGGGAGAAAGGAUCAUCCGUCAUCCGUGGCUCAUCACAAACGACGUCCAACGAUGGGAAUGUCACCGUCUCGGAGUUGGUGUUCGUGCCCGGACCGGAGGAUAAUGAAAAAUCAAUUACAUGCUCAAUUAACAGCGAAGGCGACGGUCCGACGGUGUCGCUGAAGGAUGUCCGCGUGCUGAACGUGAAACACGUGCCGGUGAUAUCACUCGCGCUCGGAGCACCACUCAACUCGCAGAACCUGAUGGAGGGCUCGGACGUGUACCUGGAGUGUGACAUCAAGGCGAACCCGCCGGUGAAGAAAAUCGAAUGGUUUCACAACAACAAACUGCUUCAAUCGGCCCGCGGCAUCAUCGUCUCCAACCAGACGCUCGUUCUGCAGAGCAUCACAAAGUCCACCCACGGCGAGUACAUGUGCCGGGCGGCGAACAGCGAGGGCACCGUCAACAGCAACCAGCUCUAUCUGGACAUCAAAUAUCCACCGGCGUGCAAAUCGGAAGCACAAAUAAUCCGCGCCGCCGUCAAGCAAACCGUGAACAUCACCUGCGAUAUCGACGCGAACCCGAUGCCAAAUCUGCUGUUCCGGUGGCAGUUCAACAACUCGCUCGAGAGCAUGCUCGAGUUGCCACCGUACACGAACGUCGAGUCGGAAGCCGCCAACCUCGCGCUGGAAGAGAUCGACCUCGAGACGAACCACAUGGGCCCAAGCCUGGAGGAGAAGGUGCGCAAGAAUUUGGAACGGCUCGAACACUCCGUGCGCCAGCAACAGAAGCUCCAUCAUCACCUGCUGCACGCUGGCUCGUACAAGGAGGAACUCGCAGCGCUGGUCGACGGCCAGCUGUACAUGUACCGGGUGGACACGUUCAACAGCUUCGGUACGAUCAUCUGCACCGCGACAAACUCGUACGGGCAGAGUGGCCAAUGCGCCUAUCACAUCCUCGUUGCUGACGUUCCCGAUCCCAUCAAGAGCUGUACCGUCUCGAAUGUGACGGCGUACACGGUGCAUAUAUCCUGCAUCGCCGGCAAGGACGGUGGGAUUCCGCAGCAGUUCCACAUCGACGUGUUUGAGGAAUCGAAACGGAAGCUGCUGCAGAGCAUCAGCUACACGAGUCCCGAGAUGCUGCUGAAGAAGCUGCCAAGUGACACCAAGUUCAUCAUCAAGAUCACACCGUACAACCUGCAGGGAACGGCCCCAACGAGCUACCGGGUGAAGGCACAAACGCUUCCGGCGCCACUGCUGAGGACAGCUCCAUCGAAGGCAGUGCUCGUGCAGCUAACGCCCCUGCUGGGAGCCCUCGUCGGCGCGGCCGUGACACUCUGCCUGGUCGCACUUUGCAUCAUCGUUUUCGUGAAGUUCAAAACGAAGAAAAAGCACCACCAGACGGCGAACACCGAGCAGGACAAGGGCAGUGCGGAACCGCUCAGUCGCAACAUCGGCAGCCACUCGAGCAUCGACGACAAGAACCCGGACGUGAUACCGCACGAGAACAGCGAGGACGACGAUGAGAAGCAGUUCGAGCGGUUAGCGCUUACCGCGGACGGGCUAAAGUUCGGUAGCCACACGACCUCAGUGGUGGGUGCGGGAGCCUAUUCACCCACCCAUCACCACCUGAUGUCACCCACGGGGAACGGUUUCAAGAAGUUCGGUGAGCUAUCCUUGACGACGAAUCCGGGUUACGCGAUAUACAGCUCACCGGUGCGUAGCUACGGGAAACCGAGUCCAAGUCAACAACUCGGUUCGCUGCUCCUCUCGACGGGUCCAGGUGUCCAGGGCACGACGACAACGACGGCGGCGACGGCGGUGCCGGUCACAACCGGAACCGGAGUUCCAACCGGAACAGGCUUGCUCCUGACGUCCGGUCCGGGUGCGAUCACGUCCCUGCCGACGCGUACAUCACCCAACAUCUACACAAGACUGCCGCUGCGAGACUUUACGCCGAACAGCUACGAUAGCAUGCUCAGCACCUCGCAGACGACGUCGUGCUCGUCCUCGUCGAAUGGGGGCUACGGUUCGGCGCAGAUCUACACCGCCAAGAUGCCACUGCUGACGACGAACUACACCGCUCUCGAUGGCACGGGAUCUGCCGGGCUUGGGCUCGGUCAGGUGGACAAGUGUUGA